CCGGCAGAGAAAAGGCAUCAACUCUUCUUCCGAACGUGAUUUUCAUCAGCCAAACUUCGACUGCAUCGUUUAUCAGUGAGGCAGAUAAUCAUGAGCUGCCGGUUGGUGAUUGGUUUGUGUGCCCUGGUGGCAGCGGCAUAUGCCGGCGAAGCGGACGUUUUGGAUCUGACUGAUAGCGAUUUCUCCACCCGUGUUGCCGAAACAGAAACCACCCUUGUGAUGUUCUAUGCACCAUGGUGCGGACACUGCAAGAAGUUGAAACCCGAGUACGCUAAGGCUGCCGAGUUGCUACGUGGCGAUGACCCGCCUAUCGCACUGGCCAAGGUCGACUGUACCGAAGGCGGUAAGGACACUUGCAACAAGUUCAGCGUCAGCGGUUACCCUACGCUUAAGGUGUUUAAGAAUGGCGAAGUGUCGCAAGAGUACAACGGACCCCGUGAAGCUAAUGGCAUUGCUAAGUACAUGAAGUCCAUUGUUGGGCCGGCAUCGAAGGACCUGCUAACGUUGGACGCCUUCGAGGCGUUCUUGAAAGCACAGGAAACCUCUGUGGUCGGCUUCUUCGAGAAAGAGUCAGAUUUAAAGGGCGUUUUCUUGAAGUAUGCCGAUAGCCAGCGCGAGCGGCUUCGCUUCGGUCACAGCAGCGCUCGGGCGGUGCUAGAAAAACAAGGAGAAACGGAUGCUGUAUACCUAUUCCGUGCGCGUCAGCUAGCGAACAAAUUCGAGCCAGACUUUGUUAAAUUCGAAGGCACCACUAAGCAAGAGCUGACGGACUUUGUAAAGGCAAAUUACCACGGUCUUGCCGGAGUGCGCUCCCGAGAUUCUACCAGCGACUUUAAAAACCCGCUCGUGGUCGUUUACUACGCCGUCGACUACGUGAAGAACCCGAAGGGCACGAACUAUUGGCGCAACCGUGUACUAAAGGUAGCCAAGGAAUUUGUGGGACGAGUCAACUUCGCUGUCAGCGCCAAGGACGACUUCCAGCAUGAACUUAACGAGUAUGGAUACGACUACACUGGAGAUAAGCCUUUGGUGCUUGCCCGUGACGUUAAGAAUCAAAAGUUCAUCAUGAAAGACGAGUUCUCCGUGGAGAAUCUUCAAUCGUUCGCUGCCGAGUUGGAAGAAGGCUCUCUGGAGCCGUACGUCAAAUCCGAGCCGAUGCCGGAAAGCAACGACGGACCGGUAAAAGUAGCUGUGGCAAAGAACUUUGACGAGGUUGUCGUGAACAAUAACGCUGAUACACUGGUUGAGUUUUACGCCCCAUGGUGCGGACACUGUAAGAAGCUUGCUCCAACACUCGAAGAGCUUGGAACUAAACUCAAAGACGAGGCUGUAUCGAUUGUGAAGAUGGAUGCUACUGCCAACGAUGUACCGACACACUUUGAGGUGCGCGGAUUCCCGACUCUGUACUGGUUGCCGAAGGACGCUAAGAGUAGCCCCGUUCGUUACGAAGGUGGCCGAGAGGUUGAUGAUUUCGUUAAGUACAUUGCCAAGCACGCUACAAGCGAACUGAAGAGCUUCGACCGUGCGGGCAAUGCCAAGAAAACUGAACUGUAAUCUCUUCCUUUCUUUUCAACCGAUCACCAGCCAUCGUUAGAUAUUUUUUUUUUAUUUUUCGUACUCCAUUACUUAAAACUUGGAAAAUUUAGCCAAGUCAAGGCAUUCCAAAGGCUGUUGAUUUCAUCCGUUCCUCAGAUCUGACCAACAAGAGCAUUGCUUGUCGGCGAACCUAAUGAAAUAUCGAAAGCAAGUUUCGUCUCAUUUCCGAGCACCCAAUCCCGCAUUUCUAAGUUGUAAAAUCGGCAGGCGUGGCCGGCGGAACAGAACAAACAAGCCAUGUCCUCCCGUAACGGAAUAGUUUAUCGAAUACUAGCAGGGCUGCGUACAAUGCCCGUACAGAACUGAACAAAAGGAGCCGAAGCAGAUGAGCGUUCUACACGCGAGGACGGACUGCAUUUAGCAUUGAACAAAAAUCUGUUUUGUAGAUUUACUUUUUCUCUGGUUUGUCGGAAAUAAAAAUGUCCAUACAAAUAUCAGCUUGUUUGAAAUUUGAACAAAUGCAGCAUAUACCACAGAGGAUCUACACAACCGCUGCAAGCGUCUGGACGAAACGGGCAAUCGUAAAUGUAUGUUUUGUUUCCAUUCUUGCAAACCAAUGUAAGUUGUAAAAGAGGUUUUUUUUAAAUAAACAAUAUGCAGAAUGCACUAAUUACCAU